CCCUGAUUUAAGAGGCUGCCUGCGUGGAAGGGGACUUCCAGUAGCUGCUCUGUGCGGGGACCAUGAAACUUGCCCUGCUGUGCACGCUGCUGGUGUUUGCUGGUGUGAUUCCAACCCAGGGCGGGAUCUUGAACCUGAACAAGAUGAUCAAACAAGUGACCAGAAAAACACCCAUCUUCUCCUAUUGGCCCUAUGGCUGCCACUGCGGACCUGGUGGCAAAGGCCAACCCAAAGAUGCCUCGGACUGGUGCUGUCAGAACCAUGACUGUUGCUACGCUCACCUGAGGCAGCACCGAUGCCGUAUCCACACAGACAACUAUGACUACACCUUUUCCCAGGGGGACAUCCAGUGCUCCGACAAGGGCAGCUGGUGUGAGCAGCAGCUGUGUGCCUGCGACAAGGAGGUUGCCUUCUGCCUGAAGCGGAACCUGGAGACUUACAAGAGACACCUGCGUCACUACUGGCGGCCCCACUGCAGAGGCCAGACCCCUACGUGCUAGGAGGAGCCCGCCCGGCCGUCCCUCGCCCCCUGCCCCGUUCCUCAGCAUCUUGAGCGCUGCAAGUCCCGUGGGACUGCUGACAUCCCUCAGUAUCUAACCCCCUGCACCAGCCUGGGAGGGUCUCAACCUAGCCCCACCCACCA